AUGGGGGUGACGAUUGCGCUGUUUGCUGCGCUUGCUCAAGCCGUGGCCGAGGAGACCCCGGACGUCUUUGCAGUGUCCCUGCGUGGUGCGCCCACGGCCAGACAGCUUCAGACGAACCCGGUCAGAGACUCGGUGGAGGUGGUGGCACCGCGCUGCCGGCCUGGGUACGUGGAUGUUACAGGAGGACAGGCGUUCUACUGGUCUUGCGCUUUCCAUUGCGAGGGCGGGCCUUACUACGCUGCGGCCUCAUGCAUGUGCGCGUGCCUUACCCCCGAGCAGAUGGAACUUGCUGCCAGCCAGGGUGGGGUUGGCUUCGGACCUGCCGGGGUGAAACAAUCCAGUGGAAUCUUGGUCACUGCACGCACCACCAUAGGACCACCUCCAGCAGGCGACCCCGUGGUGGAGCUUCCCAUCGGCCCAGUGGGUGAAGGUGGGGCUGAGAUGCUGCCGCCGGCUGUUGACGGCUAUAUCGCAGCUCCGCAGGAUGUGCCUGCCUUCCAAGCUUCUGGGGAACCCGCAGACGAGGAGGGCUUGAGUUUGGUGGUGGUUGCCUUCAUUGGAGGUGCCCUCCUUAUCAUCGCCGCUGCGACGACUCUCGUCUGUGCGCUCUGGUCCAGCCUUACCGAUGGCAGGCGCCGGCGCGUCAAGAUGGUUGCAGUGCCCCCCAGAUUCAGCCCCCAUGUGCCAGUAGAAAAGUGCCCACAGCCACCGCCUGAAUUUCGCCCGGCACCAGCCGCUCCAACGAAGUCGGCUGUAAGCUUGCAGGAGCCUCCAAUCCGUGUUUCUUGGACUUCCAGCAAUGCUUCUGGGGGCUCGAAGAGACAGGCUCCGCUGGCCCAGCCGCAGCUUUUGCAGCUUCCUGAUGGCGACAGGAUGCUUAAAGGCAGUCCGAGCUUGAGCAAGACCAGCACCGGCAGCGGUGGUGCAAGUAGCAUCAGCAACGUGUCCAGUGUGUCCACGUGUGCUAUGAAAAAGGAACGGCAACGUGAGCCCCCACAGAUCAGCAAAGGGAGAUUCGGAGGCCACAAAUGCUCCCGAGUCUACCCCGGAGCCGAGCAAGUGUUCAUGUGA